AUUUUAUUACGAUUUAGGUUUAAAGAUUUUUUUCUCCAUAUGCGAUUGUAGCAAUGGAAAAAAAUUUAUCCUUGUAAGUAGCUGGGAAUAUUUGACAACGUGUCAGUCAAAAACUGUCAUUGAAAAUGAGGAGACUAUUAGAGUACGAGAAUCAGAUUUUCCUAGAUAGCUUCCAUGAAGACGGUCUCCUUGUCAUGGCAAAAGGACUUGGGAUAGACAGAAUAUUCCUGAACUUUCUGAAGGUCUACUGUGAUCCUGCAAAUCUUGUCCUUGUCUUAAAUACUAAUGCCAGAGAGGAGGAAUACUUCACAGAACAACUGGAGAAGGAAAGCAUAAAACCUUUACCAAGAAAUAUUACUAAUGAAGUUGGAGCUAAUGAAAGACAGAAGGUUUACCUCCAGGGUGGUGUUCUAUUUCUGACAUCAAGGAUUCUAGUGGUGGAUUUCCUAACAGAACGAGUCCCUGUGGAGCACAUUUCUGGCAUUCUUGUGUACAAGGCUCACAGAAUUGUAGAAUCGUGUCAAGAGGCAUUCAUAUUGAGGUUAUACAGACAGAAGAAUAAGACUGGUUUUAUCAAAGCGUUCUCUGACAGCCCCUAUGCCUUCACCACAGGAUAUUCUCAUGUAGAGAGGACAAUGAAGAACUUGUUUGUUAGGAAUCUCUACCUGUGGCCUCGUUUUCAUGCCAGUGUUGUAGCAAAUCUAGAGCAGCACAAGGUUGAUGUUGUAGAGAUCCAGGUUCAGUUAACAUCAGCUACCUUGGCCUGUCAGACAGCUCUAUUGGACCUAAUUAAUGCCUGCAUACAGGAACUAAAGCGCUGCACUACUGCUAUUGAUGCAGAAGAGGUAACGGUUGAAACUGCAAUUGGGAAAGCUUUUGAAAAAACAAUUCGCUUUCAGUUGGAUCCAGUUUGGCAUCAGCUAAGCGCCAAGACUCGACAACUGGUGACUGAUAUUAAAACUCUCAGGCUCAUUCUCAGACAGAUGACACAAUAUGACUGCAUCACCUUUUUCAGCAUGGUUAAUUCAGUCAAGAUGAGCGAGAAAGCUUUUGGUCAGAAUACAGGCUGGUUGUUUUUGGAUGCUGCAGACAGCUUAUUUGUUCAUGCCAAGGAAAGAGUAUAUGGUCAGGAAAAAACACAGAUCAAUGAGAAAGAGAAAAAGGAAGACAAAGAGCCCUUGUUAGAGGAAUGCCCUAAGUGGGAGGCACUGAGAGAUGUCUUAAAAGAAAUCAGGAAAGAAAACAAAAAUCUGGGUCCAGGAGAAGAACCCGGUGCUGUACUUAUAGCAGCUGAGGAUGAUAGGACAUGUAACCAACUUAAAGAGAUGCUGUGUGAUGGGGCCAGGAGUAUGAUGAUCAGGCUGUUUAACAAAUACCUGGCUCAGAAAGGACAAAAUCUUGAGGAUGAAGCUAAAAGAAUCAGACAAGAAAAAAUGGCCAAGAUCAGAACAAACAAGGGGCAGAAGACAAAGGCAGCUGAGCAGACCCUCACCCAGAUGGUGGGAGGGGCAAGUAAAGAGGGCAAUACAGAGGUAAAUACUGUGGGAGGGGCAAGUAAAGAGGGCAAAACAGAGGUAAACACUGUGGGAGGGGCAAGUAAAGAGGGCAAUACAGAGGUAAACACUGUGGGAAGAGCAAAAAAAGAAAAGGGCAAUAUAAGAGAUAAACACAAUCUCUUGGAUUCAUGUAGUUCUAGAAGAAAUGAACAUACUGUGUUGAAGGGUUUGGUCAUCAGGGUCUUCCGAGCCAGUCGUCCCGGGGUUCCGCUGAGGGUGUACUUCAUGAUGUAUACGGGCUCGGUGGAGGAGCAGCGAUACCUGACCACACUCAGGAUGGAGAAAGAGGCAUUCGAGUUCCUCAUCCAAGAGAAGGCUAACAUGGUGAUUCCAGAGGAAAGAGAAGGAAAACUGGAAGAUGAUCCAAACUUGUCAAGGGACACAACCCCUGCUAAUGCUACAGUCAACACCAGAAAAGGAGGGGCACCUCAGGUCUCUACACAGGAGAAGGUGGUUGUGGACAUGCGAGAGUUUGGAAGUGAGUUACCCUCCUUGAUUCACAGACGAGGUAUUGACAUAGAACCAGUGACUUUAGAGGUUGGAGACUACAUAUUGACACCUGAUAUUUGUGUUGAGAGGAAAAGCGUCAGUGAUCUGAUUGGUUCCCUGAACAAUGGCCGCCUGUAUAACCAGUGUGUUUCCAUGUGUAGAUACUACCAGAAACCAGUGCUUUUGAUUGAGUUUGAUGCCAAUAAAUCCUUCUCUUUACAGGUGAAGCAAUCCAGUGAGGUGUCCAUACAGGAUGUAAGCUCCCGCCUGGCUCUACUGACCCUCCACUUCCCCAAACUACGCAUUCUCUGGUGUCAGACGCCCUACGCUACUGCCGAGUUGUUUGAGGAAUUAAAGGUAGGAAAGCCUCAGCCAGAUGCAGAGACUGCCUUAGCUGUGGGAUCCUCUGAUGAGGGCUUACAAUGGUCAGAUAAAUACAGCCAUGGACCACAGGAUUUUUUGCUGAAGAUGCCAGGAGUGAAUAUAAAAAAUUAUCGUCUCAUCAUGAAUAAAGUGGAGAGCCUGUCUUCUUUGUGUGACUGCUCCCAAGAACAGCUUACAGAGGUCAUGGGUAGUGAAUAUUAUGCUACACAGCUCCAUAAUUUCCUCCACUCUAAACCAAAGGAACCUGUGGACAAACCAUCAAAGCCUGGGAAAAGUGAUUAUAAACGUGGGUUUAAAAGGAAACGAUAAACAUAUCAUUACAUCCAUACAUGUUAACGUUUGCAAUUUGUUGUCAAAAGAUGCAUGUGAAAGACUACCUCACUUCAAAAGUAACAGAAAAUGAAAGAAAUGAAUGAAAGAUGUUGACUGUAGAAUAUAAUUUUUCACUUUGUGCAUAAUCAUAUCUUGUUGUGUGACUGCCACACUUUUUGUAUAAAUUAUGUAUAACUUAUGUUUAUUUAUUUAUUUUGAACACCAAUAAAAUGACUGAUCUUAA